CAAAGCAUUGGAGGAGGUUAGAUAAAAAUAAAAAUAAAGUUUCAAAGUUAAAAAAAAUCUUGAGUAUAGUACAGAUGUGAGAAGGUUCUCCCAGGAAUCAAGGGUCAAGAUCGUUUGAUAAGACCCAUAAGAUAAUGAACAACUGAGAAAUUAAAAUAAACAACACACAGAAAGCUAAUUCCAUAAAAUAAGAAAAAUCUUUCUUUUCAUCUUCUCCUCUUUCUACUUCUUCUUUCUUUCUUUCUCAUUAUCCAAAGAGACUCAGACAAACUUUUUUGUUACUUAGACUUCACUCAAAACAAAAGAAAGUGUUUUGUCUUUUGGGUUUUAUCUUCUUACCACCACUGCUCAAAAUUACUCACUUUCUUUUCAAGAAAUUAUUAUUAUUAUAAUCUACUCAAAACCCAUUUUUUCUCAUCAAUUUGUCGAAUCCAAAACCUGCUCUGCACUUUCAGACACAGACAAAGAGGAAAUAAAUUUCUGUCACGAGUAAACAGAGAGAGAGAGAGAGAGAUACAAACUCAGAUUACUCUGUUUUCACUACCUCUUCAUGGGCUUCUAAAAAAGCUUAUCUUUCAAACCAGCCAUGGAGACUAGUAUAGGAACCGAGCAAGACAACAGAAGAAGUAGAAGAAGACGACGAAGAAGAGGACUCACAACAACUUCCACAGUGUUCUUUUGGGGAAUCUUGAUAUUUGCUCGUUUUGGUCUGUCUUCCUCAGCUCUAUCUCCUGAUCAAUACCAUCAUCAUCACCAAUCCUACCCUUCAGCACCACCGAGAAAGGCUGGUCCUUUCCAUGAAACAGCAUCGUUUCGAGCUCCAAAAGCCUCAUCAGUGUCGUUCAUGGGUCCACGUCGAGAAGAAGAGAACAGGGAUGACGUUUAUAAAGACGACAAGAGAUUAGUUCACACAGGUCCAAAUCCUCUUCACAACUGAAAAAAGCUAAUGAACAACACGUGUCUGGUCUCUCUUCGACCUCCAACAAAUUGCCUUGAGAUUCUUCGAUCCUUCUCUCUGCUUCGAAACGUAUGAAAAACAAAAAAAAAGAUCUCUUCAGCUACUUUUUUUUUNUUUUUUUUUUUUUUUUUGUAGUUUUUAAUGUUAUUUAUUUUUUUUGGUUGUUGUUGUUUUAGUAAGUAUGAGAAUGAGAUAUGGAUCAUUAUCCUUAGCCUUUGUUUAAUCUGAGGGCUAAGAGUUAAUGAUCUUGUUUCUCAGUUGUUGUAACUCUUUUGCAUCAAUGGCUUACCAUCAAGAAGACCUUCAAGAUC